UUCAUGGCAUCGAAGCAAUUUGAGCAUAAUAGUUUGAAUUUCUCUCUGGGCAAAACAAAACAAAAAAACAAAGCUCCGCAGGUUCCUUCCUCGUUCCCUUGCCCCUCCCUCAGACAAAUUCCCUUUUCCUGAACUCGCUCGGGCGGCUGCCGGCUGAAGCGGCGACAAGGAAAAGCACAUUUUCAACCGAGGAGGGCGCCGCAACAGUCCUACUCGGCUGAUUAUUAAGAGUCACACUUUGACCUGUCCUUGAAACCGAACGCAGCUGCAGGAUGAAUUUAGGAGGAGGAAACCAGUGCGGGCGGUGUCAGAAGACCGUUUACUUCGCAGAGGAGGUACUCUGCGACAGUCGACGCUUCCACAAGUCCUGCUUUGCGUGCUUGGUGUGUGGGAAGGGCUUGGACAGUACAACUGUUGCCGUACAUCUGGAGGAACUCUACUGCAAGGCAUGUUACAACAAGAAGUACGGGCCGAAGGGUUACGGUUAUGGUGUCGGAGCAGGCACCCUUACCAUGGACAAGGGAGAGGGUCAGGGUAUCACCCACCAAGAACCCGCCCCUCAUCGCCCGACCACCAACCCGAACUCGUCCAAGUUGGCUCAGAAAUUCGGAGGGUCUGACAAGUGCCCGCGUUGCGGCAAGGCCGUCUACGCUGCGGAGAAAGUGAUCGGAGCUGGCAGUUCGUGGCACAAGACUGGCUGUUUCCGCUGCGCCACGUGCGGUAAGGGCCUGGAGUCAACCACACUUGCCGACAAGGAGGGAGAAAUCUACUGCAAAGGGUGCUAUGCGAAGAACUUUGGUCCGAAGGGGUACGGAUACGGUGGUGGGGCCGGAGCUCUGCCACUCACUCGCUAGGCGCGACCGACGAAAGAACAACGGCAUCGGAGUGACGUCACUGCCCGCUCGACACAAAUAACUGUGCACUAAACAGCCACAACAUUAGGUACACCUGCACUAACUACUCGAAUGAGACCGUAUGCAUGUGUUUCAGCAUGGUGCCAUCCAUUUUUCCAUCAUAGUAAAUACCCAGUAAAAUGAAUAUGUAUCUUACGGGGAAAAAGAAAAAAAAAAAAAAAAAAAAAGAAUACAAAAAAGAA